ACGUCACAGAUGGUCCCUGUCCUUUGCGUUGAUGCAGCGGCAAGUUAUUUACACCGUUGUUUGUCCACACAGGCGCAGGUGUAGUUCGCAGGACGGAGGUAAAAAAGAAACGGGACAAGUGUUUAUUUAGUGAUAUGACAGCGCACAGAACGACAUUUCAAUUACUUGUUGCCUUUAAAUGUGUUUAUUUUAUAGUUUUAUUCUGUGGUUUACGCGGAAUGAGGAAUGAGACAAGCUAACGGCUAAGUAGCUCUUAGCUUAGGAACGCCGCGGAUUGUGAACGGCGUUCUUACGUGUUCGGGCAGUUUGUGAUGGCAAGGAGACGUUAUUAAAAAAUAAACAAAUAAAAGUGGGAGACGCUGCGAUGGGUGACGUUGUUGCUGAUGGAGAGAAAGCUAAAGAAACCGCGGAGCUUCCACUGGAGAUUAUAAUUCACAUUCUGAGCUUCCUCCAUCCCUCAGAUAGGAAAGAGGCCUCGAUGGUCUGCCACAGCUGGUACAAUGCCAGUCUGGACUUGUCCUUUCAGAAGAACGUCACAUUCUGUUUCCCGGCCUCACCCUCGUCCCUGCAGAUGGUGAGUGGUCUGAACAGGAGAUCCAGGUGCAGCCUGGUUAUCAGCCAGCUGGAUGGCUUCAGUAUGUCCAGGUCACUUCUGCUGGAGGUCGGUCUGUGUCUGGGCUCCAAACUGGACGGUCUGGCUUUGCCCGGUAGCAGUAUAACAGAGGCAUCGCUGCUGGCCCUCCUCCCCUGCCUCACCUCUCUACGCAAGCUGGACCUCAGGGGUCUGGACAGCCUGUUCAUGUCUGGAGCCUUCCUCUCCAGGGAGGAGCACCGACAGCAGGUAAGGACGGCUCUCGUCCAUCUGGAGGAACUGGAUCUGUCCGAUCUGCGUUACCUCUCCGAUCUCACCUUCAGUCGGCUCACCAGCUGCACACCCCGCCUCCGCCGGCUCUCGCUGGCCGGAAACCACAUCGCUUUCGAGUUCGAUCCCUACCAGGGGUGUCCUGUGGGCAUGGUGGAGCACUCGUCUGCACUGCUGUCAUUGAGGAACCUGAGGAGGCUGUUAACAGAGCAGAAGACCACCCUCAGAGCUCUGGACCUCAGCAGAACCUCUAUUACCCCUGAGUCCCUGCGCACUAUCGCACAGGUUCAAGGUUUAGUCUUGGAGGAGCUGCGUCUCCAUGGCUGUAAGGAACUGACCGACUACUCCAUAGAGGUUCUUAUAAAACACCAGCCGAGCCUCCAAAGACUGGACAUUAGCUCCUGCACUGAACUGACCAGCCGGACAGUGGAGGCUGUGGCUCGUGGCCUGAAGUCACUGACCCACAUUUCUUUGUCAAACAACUGGAGAAUAACUGAAAAAGGCCUCGCUGACCUCACGUCGUUGUCGUCCCUGAGGCGGUUGGAUCUGUCUAACUGUCUGCACGUCAGUGGAGCUGAGAUGGUGAAAGGCCUGAAGGAGUCUGCCGAGUCCAGAGCACGGCUGGAGACGCUCAGCCUCAAGAGCUGCACCUACAUUGGGGAUCUGGUGGUUUCCUCUCUUGGACAGCUGCUAGGCAGUACUUUACAGGAGCUGGACCUCACCUCCUGCGUCAACGUGACAGACUUGUCAGUGCUCGCCAUUUCCACCUACCUGCUGAAGCUGGUAAUUCUACGUCUGGGCUGGUGCAAAGAAAUCAAGGACAAAGGGUUGCUGGGAACGGUGGAAAAGUGUGUUCUUAAUAAGAAGUUGGAAGAAAAAGGUCCGACGUUUACCCGCACUUUUGGCAACAUGGGCUUCUUUAAGCCUCCUAACAUGGAGGACCAACCAAAGCCGGUGACGCAGCUGGAGCUGCAGCAGCUGAAACGGUCAGCCGGAGCUUCACUUUUAGCUCUGAGCAGGCUGCAGGAGCUGGACCUCACUGCCUGCUCCAAACUCACUGACAACAGCAUCACACAGGUGGUGAACCACCAGGAUCUCCAUCGCCUCUCUCUCGCCUGCCUUCCGUGCAUCACCGACGACAGCCUAGUGUCGGUGGCCUGGCGCUGCAAAAGCCUCACCAGCCUGUCCCUGAGCCACUGUCCUGGCAUCAGCGACCGCGGCGUUUCCCAGGCUGCUCCGUACCUUCGACGGCUCCAGCAUCUCAACCUCUCCUGCUGUAAUAACAUCACAGACAGAUCCUUAUUGGCCCUGGCCAAGCACUGUAAACGCCUGAGGACGCUCGACAUCUCCCGAUGCAAGAAGACUUCCGUCACAACCAUCGAUCUCCUGCAGUCGCAGCUGCCGUUCUUGGAGAACAUCCAGUGCAAGUUCAUAGGAGGAGCCGACCCCACUUUAAUAAUGUGAUCGGAUAUGAAGUACGGGAGGAGCCAGGAUCUCCUCCUGGUGCAGCCGCUCCGUCUGCCUCAGUUUGAGGAUCUCGCUGUAGUUGAGGGCGUGGACUUUGUUCUUGAAGAGUUCCAGAGAGGUGGGCUUGGUGGCCAACGUCCU